AAAAUCGACGAAGAGGUUCAUCAUGUCCUUCCCUCGCUGAGCCUCCAUCCUCUCUCCUGUUCUCCUCAUCAUUCGUGCGGUUUUUUCCUCCUCCCUCCUCCGUGAUGCCGGUUAUAAGCAGGUAAACCCUGGCUGUUGGACCCCUGCUUGUGGUGGGAUUCGGGCUCGGCUCUCCGCUCCGGAGACUGCGGGACUAUGUGAGCGCCAUGCCGGCUUUGCCCUGCCUCCUCUGGGCCACUCUGGCCGCGCGCCUCGCCGUCGCAGGCUGCUGGGGUGCGGCGGUGUGGGACUGGGAGGCAGUGCGAACGGCUCACGGUGCAGAGGAGCUCACAGAGCCCCAACGGCUCCAGCAACGAGUGGACGAUGGCGAGCUGGCACAUGACCGUCUGGACAGCAGAGUGAAACAAGAAACUGACACAGCACACCCAGUUCAUCUGGCUCAGAUAUCUUUCUUAGUAAAGGCCUUCGGGACACCUUUCAUUCUGGACCUGGAGCUCAACCAUGAUCUCUUGUCUUCGGACUAUGUAGAACGACAUUUUGGUGAUGACGGAACACCUUCUCAAAAUCAGGGAGGAGAGCAUUGUUACUAUCAUGGCGUUCUCAGAGGACUGAAAGGAUCCUGGGCUGCUCUCUCCACCUGCCAUGGUCUCUGGGGAAUGUUCUCUGAUGGAAACUUUUCUUAUGGGAUUGAACCCGUCCAGAACUCCGACAUGCAGGCGCAGAACGUUCAUGUUGUCUACAGGAUGCCUGAUGUCCAGCUGACCAGGCCACGCUGCCCAGAAUGCACUGUGUCCCGUGACUCUGAAAGUGACUCUGUCGUUGAAGAUGACACACUGGUUUCCAUGGAGACAGGCAAGCCCACUUUCACCUAUGGGCUGAGACGGGCCAAAAGGCAGAUCCGGAGGCCUCAGCGUACUGUCCAGACUGAGACCAAAUACGUGGAGCUGCUGGUGGUCAACGACUACGACUUGUUUGUUCAGAUGCGCAGAUCCACCACUCAGACGCGCAACUUUGCUAAAGCAGUCGUCAACAUGGCUGAUGCAAUUUACAAAGAACAACUCAACACUCGGAUUGUGCUCAUCGCCAUGGAAACGUGGUCAUCCCAGAACAUGGUGUCAGUUGGAGAUGACCCUCUGAUGACCUUGCGUGACUUUAUGAAGUACAGGAGAGAGAACAUCAAGGAGAAGAGUGACGCCGCACACCUCUUAUCGGGGCGUACGUUCCACAGUGCCCGUAGUGGCACAGCCUACAUCGAGGGCAUUUGCUCUCCGACACGAGGAGGUGGAGUCAAUGAGUAUGGAAACGUUGGACCCAUGGCCAUCACACUUUGCCAGAGUUUAGGGCAGAAUCUGGGCAUGAUGUGGAAUAAAGAACGCGCCACUGCAGGAGAUUGUAGAUGUCCAGACCCAUGGCUUGGCUGUAUUAUGGAGGACACUGGAUACUACCUACCAAGGAAGUUCUCCCGUUGCAGUGUAGAGGAAUAUGUCCGCUUCCUCCAGGAGGGAGGGGGCAGCUGCCUCUUCAACAAACCAAACAAGUUACUGGAUCCUCCAGAAUGUGGGAACGGAUAUGUAGAGCAGGGGGAAGAGUGUGACUGCGGUUCCCAAGUGGAGUGCUCCCGAGCUGGAGGAGCAUGCUGCAAGAAGUGUACCCUUACCCAUGAUGCAAUGUGCAGUAAUGGACUCUGCUGCAACAGGUGUAGGUAUGAGCAGAGAGGAGUAGUGUGUCGAGAGGCAGUCAAUGACUGUGACGUCCCAGAAAUGUGUACUGGUGAUUCCAGCCAGUGUCCCCCUAAUGUUCAUAAACUGGAUGGCUACAUGUGCGUUGCAGGACAGGGUCGUUGCUAUGGCGGCCGCUGUAAGACCAGAGAUGCCCAAUGUCAAGCGCUGUGGGGGCACAAUGCAGCUGAUCGUAUCUGCUAUGAGAAGCUGAACACUGAGGGGACGGAGAAGGGGAACUGUGGGCGGGACCCUGGUGGACAGGGCUGGGUCCAGUGCAACAAACAGGAUGUUCUGUGUGGUUUUCUGCUGUGUACGAAUAUGACGAUGAAGCCGCGGUACGGAGAUCUGCAAGGAGAAGUUACAAGCCUCACAAUCUACCAUCAGAACAAGUACCUGGACUGCCGAGGAGGUCAUGCAGUUUUGGAGGACGGCACAGAUUUGGGUUAUGUAGAAGAUGGCACUCCGUGUGGUCCCAACAUGAUGUGUCUGGACCACCGCUGCCUACCUGUCAUGACUUUUAACCUCUCCUCAUGCCCAGGGUCAUCAUCUUCACGCAUCUGCUCUGACCACGGGACGUGCAGCAACGAGGUGAAGUGUAUCUGUGACACAGACUACACAGGGAAGGACUGUAGUGUGUAUGACCCCAUCCCUGACCCCCAGCUUCCAGAGGGACCAGAGAAAUACAAAGGACCCAGUGGCACAAAUAUAAUCAUUGGCUCUUUGGCAGGAGCCAUUCUGCUGGCAGCUAUAGUGCUGGGGGGCACUGGCUGGGGAUUCAAAAAUAUCCGGAGAGGAAGAUCUGGAGGAGGAUAAGAAGUCUGUCCAUCCACUGUCCUGUCCUCUUUACCUACACUGUGUUCUUUUCAUUUUGAGCAGAAGGGAGGAAAGGGGGGGAAAAGAAAACGUCUUCCACUCACUCAGAAAACUACAACCUCCACGAACCCUCACUCUUACGGUUUCCUGUCUCCUGUCUUUCACCUCUUGCCUAUAGUCCGCCUGGUAGGAAGAGCAUUCCAGAUUAUUGUCCAGACUGUGUUGGAAAGAUGCUGAUCUAGCCGAUCCAGCUAGGCCCAUCCAAGUCUUUGACAGCUGUCCAGCAUCAAAACUGGACCUUCUAAAUUGAUGCUCCGCCCAGAAAUGCGUUCUUUCAUAGCUGCUGUUGUCUUUCAUAGCGAGUUUGGACAAAAAAGCUAAAGGCUAAAAAUCCCAUUCAAGUGCAUUAAUAAAUCUUUAUUUUAGAUGCAUUUGAAAGGUCAUACCGUUAGGACAGAUCAGGAGUACUUUUUGUUGUCUAAUCAUAGUUUUUUUGGUUGAAAGGUUAAGAAGCUUCUCUUUCAGCAUUGCUGGAUAGCCAAGUUCAUAGCCUGCACCUCUAGGUACUGUAGCACGACUGAAAUGAUCAUGAAACAAUGAAAUUAUAGGGAUUUAGCAUCUGCAAUUUCCCUGUCGUACUGCCAUAUAUGCUGACGUUACAAAAAAAACAGAAAGCUGCGACAUCACCUUGCUUUGAACUACUGUGCAAAAGUUUAGGCGCCCCUAGAAAAAUGACAUUUUGUUGAGUUUAUGAGUUUGUUGUAAUUUGGCUGGGGGUGUUCUAGCUUUUGCACAUGAUUGUAUAUCUAACAGAGGUGGAGAACGACAAAUGUGGUUUUAGGGAGACUCGCUUUGUUUCUCAGCAGCUAUUACUGCUAUUACAAAAAGCUCUGAUACAAAUCCUGAUUAUCUCUCUGCUUAGAAGAGCUGAGGUGCAUUAAUAUACCUCUGGGGUGAUCCGAUUAUAAGUGGGCGCCAUCAAGUACAGGUGUGAAUGUGGCUUCAUAUGUCUCAAACCACCUUUUAGCCUUUGUAAUGUGAACGCUGAAGAGUUGAUGUGUCCCUGACAUCAACAAAGGACCAACUGCAUCAUCAGAGCAGAUACGAAAGCAGAUUCUUUCUCCACCUCAUCUUUGUGAGCAGUCCAUGCAGAUAGAGAUGUGAUCAGAUCAUUCAAAAUCUCUGCACAGUUACAUUGUUAAGAUAUAAACAGAGUCCUUCAGAGUGGUUUGCUGUGAAAUGGUUCAUUGUAGAGAAACUCAGACUCAGGUUUUUUUACGGUGGUGGUGAUGGGAACAGGGGGUUGUGAUGUCUACAACACAAAAAAAUAGCCUUUAUACUUACCAUCCAAAACCACCAGUGAACCCACACGUCCUAUAUGUUUAUAUCGCAUCGUUGUUGGAGCUAAACCUCAUCUCCAAAAUGUUUGGGGCCACUUGUCAUAAUAGUAAUUCAUUAUAAAGUUAAUCUUUUAUUUAUUACUAUUAAUAUAACUUAUACAAUGUAGACCGAAAUGCUAUAAAUUAGACACCAAACCAAUCUUUUAUUCAGUUAUUUUGGGAACAGUAUAAAGUUAAGAUUAAGUGACCCUUAUUAGUCUCACAAUGAGAAAAUUUCACCUCCACAUUUAACCCACCCAUGCAGUGAGACACCACAUACACACUAGU